AUGGCGGCGGCGGAGGCGCCCUCGCCCGUCGGGCCUGUUGUGCCGCGGUUGCCAUGGCAACCUCCUAGCUCAGGAGGAGAUGGCUGCGGCGCACGCCCUGACGUCACCCUCAGAGAGAGAAGGGGGGGGAAAAGGCGCAUGCGCGUCACUUCCGAGAGCCGGAACCGGAACCUGAAAGGCAAAGAGGAGCCCGGCGCUUCCACAACAGUCGCCAUGGAGGAGGAAGCCGAGCGCCGCCGCCACCGCCGCCAUCACCGAAAGCGGAGCCCCUCCGGAGAAGGAGGAGGGAGUCGCUCUCCGCCGAAGGAGAAGCGGAAGAAGAGGAGCCGGAGCCCUCGACGAAGCCUCGUCAGAGUCAAGCAGGAGCGAGAGGACCCCCCUCGGAGGGGCCAUGAGGAACGGCCGCAUCGGGACCACGCUGGGCGGGAGAGAAGCGGCAACAGGGACCGGCACCGGGGCCCUUCUGGUCGGAGGAAGCCCCACAGAGAUGGCAGGGAGAAGGCCGCUCCCCUGGAUUCAGAGCAGGAGGCCCAGAGGGAGUUCUACAAUGCGCGCCGGAGGGAGCGCCGCCAGCAAGCGCUCGCCAGUGGGAAUGAAGGAGGCCCAGAUGAGCAAGUCCCUGACGGGGCAAGCGCAGAGAAGCCGGCUGGCGACAAGGAGAAGCCCAGCUUUGAGCUUUCGGGGGCCCUCCUGGAGGACACAAACACUUUCCGGGGUGUGGUGAUCAAAUACAGUGAGCCCCCUGAGGCCCGCAUCCCCAAGAAGCGGUGGCGGCUCUACCCUUUCAAGAACGACGAGGUCCUCCCGGUCAUGUACAUCCACCGGCAGAGCGCCUACCUCCUGGGACGGCACCGGCGCAUCGCUGACAUCCCCAUUGACCACCCCUCCUGCUCCAAGCAGCACGCCGUCUUCCAGUACAGGUUGGUGGAAUACACCCGCCCGGAUGGCACAACGGGCCGGAAAGUGAAGCCUUACAUCAUCGACCUCGGUUCAGGCAAUGGCACCUUUCUGAACAAUCAGCGCAUCGAGCCUCAGCGUUACUACGAACUGAAAGAGAAAGACGUGCUGAAGUUUGGUUUCAGCAGCAGGGAAUACGUUCUCCUCCAUGAAUCUUCAGACACCACAGAAGUGGAUCAUAAGGAGGAGGAAGAAGAGGAGGAAGAGGAGGAGGAGGAGGAAUCCACUUGAAAGCUCCUCUGAAGAGGAGGGAAGCCUGGGCCUUUUUGUGCAGCUGAACUCAGAUCCGGACCGGAUGGUUGAGACACUGCUGCCCUGACACCUCUCACUGCCUUAAACUCUUGCGUCGGGACACUUUAUGGCUCAUUUGCCUCCAGGUUCAUCCGUUGCAUGCCUUGACUGGCAGAGUCAGUUAUUCAGCUGGUUCGGAGGAGCAAGGGAGCUUCUCGUAGGCCAGCCAAGGAAGCAGCGAGGUCACAAACCACACUGGACAAAAGCAGGGCCUUUCCCAAAAUGACCAACUGUUAUAUUGAUUUUGUUCUUUUUCCCUGCCUUCCCUGCCCUAGUUUGACAGCUGAAAAAUAGAAGCUACUUAUUAUUUUUUAAAUUAGAAUUUUAGAAUAUACAAAGCUUGGUGGAUGUUCUGUGUAAUGUCUUUGUUUUUUUUAUUAAUGUGUUAAAAGGAAAUAACUUAUAAGACUUUUUAUGGAUUUCUACAAUGCACAUAACCAGUUUUCAGGGAUAAAUGUGUGCAACUAACUCCCAGGCUGUAUUGUCUGGAGUUAAAAAAAGAGCAGUUCCAUCCAUUGGUUUUUGCGGAUUUCGUAUCAAUGAAAUGGGGUGGGGGGUUCGAUACAAGCGCUUUCGUGGUCACCGUGGCCGUUGUCCCACUUGAUGCAGUGGCCAUAAUUCCCAGCAAAGCCAUGAGGAGAACAACGUCAUCGUGUGUCUCAUAGAAGAGAGGACUGGGGAGAGGCAGUCCAAGGCUUUGCAGAGGGAUCGUGGGUUUAUGUUCAUGUAAGCGUGGGGCCAAAGACCAUUUAUUCAGGCAGAAGGUGCCAGAAAACAGCUUGGGACAGCGGUUUGUUGUCCUUUAAUAUAGUCUGUAUUUUUUAAAAAAUAAAAUAUUUGUAAAUUUAGUUUGAA